AUGGCUUGGAGAGAAAAUAUUAAAAAGCCGCUACCAAAACCAAGUGUUCCGAAGCCAAAAUUUCAAACUCAAGAUGAUGAUUGGGAAACAGAUACAUCCUAUAUUAAUAAUGUUGAUGAAAAACAACAACGAUUCGGAUCGCAAACUGUCGAAGGUUCAGGACACGUAGAUCACGUUGAUUUUGCAUCUGUACAAGAAAAAAUGAGAACAGCUGACAGUCAUAUUAAAUCUGGUUAUCAAGAAAAGAAUCCAAAUAGUGGCUACGGUGGAAAAUAUGGUGUGGAAAAAACAAUGGAUAAGAAUGCUGUUGAUUACAGUUAUCGUCAUGAACCAGAAAAACAUGGAUCCCAAAAAGGUAUCAAAUGUUUUUUGUGA